AUGGCCUUUGCCGCGCUCUUUGUUGACUCGCUCUACUGCCCGGAGGAGCACCACGACCUGUUCCAGGAGCCGGCCGAGGAGCAGUGGCCGGAUCAGCAGCCGCUGGUGGCUCUUGACGACGAGCUGCCGGCGCUGUUCGAGGUGUUCAGGGGCAAGGAGGAGGUGCUGCUGCGGGAGGGCGGCGACGGGUACGGCGGCGACGCGAGGAGGCAGGCGGCCGUGGGGUGGGCGACGCGCGCGGCGGCCAGGCUCGGCUUCUCCGCCCUCACGGCCGCGCUCGCCGCCGCGUACCUCGACCGCUGCUUCCUCAGCGGCGGCGCGCUGCGGCUCGGGGACCAGCCGUGGAUGGCGCGGCUCGCCGCCGUCGCCUGCGUGGCGCUCGCCGCUAAGGUGGAGGAGACGCGGGUGCCCGUGCUCCUCGACCUCCAGCUCUGCGCCGCCGAGAGCGCCGGCGACGCCGACGUGUUCGACGCCAAGACGGUGCGCCGGAUGGAGCUCCUCGUGCUCUCCGCGCUCGCCUGGCGGAUGCACCCCGUCACGCCAUUCUCCUUCCUCCACCCCGUGCUCGCCGCCGCGCGCCUGCGCCAGUGCGAGAGCGUCCUGCUCGCGGUAAUGCCAGACUGGAGCUGGCCACGGUACCGCCCGUCGGCGUGGGCUGCGGCGGCAUUGCUCGCGACGGCCGGCUACGGCAGUGGCGACGGCGACGCCGAGCUCUUGGCGCUCAUCAACGCCCCCGAGGACGAGGUGGCGGAGUGCGUCAAGAUCCUCUCCGGGGAGGCGGCGGCGGGAUUCAUGGGCUUCGGCGGCGACAAUAAGCGCAAGCGCGCGGCAGCGGGGCUGCACUCGCCGCCGCUGAGCCCGAGCGGCGUGAUCGGCGCGGCGGCAUACUUCAGCUGCGAGAGCUCGUCCAGCAGCGCGGACUCACGCUCCGGCGCCGCCACCGCCUGGCCGGGGUCAGUCUCCGUGUCGUCCUCCCCGGAGCCCGCCGGCCGGCCGCUCAAGCGCGCCACCGCCACGGCGAUGAUGCUUCCACCCGACGAGGAGAGCCGCGACGCCUGGCGUUAG